AUGCCUUCCUUUUCACAAGCCACUGAGCUCUCCACCUGGAAGGCGCUCCAAGAGCACCAUGGCUCCGUGGGUCGCAACAUCGUCCUCAAGGAGGCCUUCGAGAAGGACCCCCAGCGCUUCGAGAAGUUCAGCCGCUUUUUCGAGAACACUGUCGACAACUCUCAGAUCCUCUUCGAUUUCUCGAAGAACUUCCUGACCGAAGAGACCCUCGAGCUCCUUGUCAAGCUGGCCAAGGAAGCUGGUGUCGAGGAGCUCCGCGACCAAAUGUUCGCUGGUGAACCCAUCAACUUCACCGAGAACCGCGCCGUCUACCAUGCCGCUCUUCGCAACAUUAGCAACGAGCCCAUGCAGGUCAACGGCAAGAGCGUCGUCGAGGGUGUCAACUCUGUUCUUGAGCACAUGAAGGAGUUCUCCGAGCAGGUCCGAAGCGGCGAGUGGAAGGGUUACACCGGAAAGAAGAUCAAGACCAUCAUCAACAUCGGUAUCGGUGGUUCUGACCUCGGCCCCGUCAUGGUUACCGAAGCUCUGAAGCCGUACGGCCACCCCGAUCUGACCCUGCACUUCGUGUCCAACAUUGACGGCACUCACAUCGCCGAGGCUCUCAAGCGCUCCGACCCCGAGACCACCCUCUUCCUGAUUGCCUCCAAGACAUUCACCACCGCAGAGACGAUCACCAACGCUAACACCGCCAAGAAGUGGUUCCUAGAGACCGCAAAGGAGGACGCUCACAUCACCAAGCACUUCGUUGCCCUCUCUACCAACGCAGAGGAGGUUGCCAAGUUCGGCAUUGACACCAAAAACAUGUUCGGCUUCGAGUCCUGGGUGGGCGGCCGUUACUCCGUCUGGAGCGCCAUUGGUCUGUCCGUCGCUCUGUACAUUGGCUACGACAACUUCCACCAGUUCCUUGCUGGUGCCCACGCCAUGGACAAGCACUUCCGUGAAGCUCCGCUCGAACAGAACAUCCCCGUCAUUGGUGGUCUUCUGAGCGUCUGGUACAGCGAUUUCUUCGGAGCCCAGACGCACCUCGUUGCUCCCUUCGACCAGUACCUGCACCGUUUCCCUGCCUACCUCCAACAGCUUUCCAUGGAGAGCAACGGAAAGGCCAUCACCCGCACCGGCGAAUACGUCAAGUACACCACCGGACCCAUCCUAUUCGGUGAGCCCGCCACCAACGCCCAGCACAGUUUCUUCCAGCUGCUCCACCAGGGCACCAAGCUCAUCCCCUCGGACUUUAUCAUGGCCGCCGAGUCGCACAACCCGGUCGAGGGUGGCAAGCACCAGCGCAUGCUGGCUUCCAACUUCCUUGCCCAGUCUGAGGCUCUGAUGGUUGGCAAGACUCCUGAACAGGUCAAGGCUGAGGGCACUCCCGAGCACUUGGUGCCUCACAAGACCUUCCUCGGCAACCGCCCAACAACCUCCAUCCUGGCCCAGAAGAUCACCCCGUCCACUCUCGGUGCCCUGAUCACCUACUACGAGCAUGUCACCUUCACCGAGGGUGCCAUUUGGAACAUCAACUCCUUCGACCAGUGGGGUGUUGAACUCGGCAAGGUUCUUGCUAAGACGAUCCAGAAGGAGCUCGAGACUGCUGGCGAGGGUACUGGACACGACUCCUCCACCAGUGGUCUGCUCCUCGCCUUCAAGAAGAAGGCCAAGCUUGCGUAG